GCGCAGCAGGCAUUCUUACAACGGACGUGAUACGAGCAACAUCUAACAAGGAACACCAGCAGCAGUGGCAGCAGCGAACAAGGAAGCUAACCCGAGCAGCCAAUAUCGAGCUGGGUGUCGCAUCGGUCUUCAUCAAUAUCAACAGCAGGAGCAGCAGCAGCAGCAGACAUCGUAAUUAAGCCGAACAACCAACAAUCGAGCUGUGCCUCGCAUCGCAUCGGACUGCAGUAACAUCACGAGCUAAACAUUGUCGGCACUCUCUCUCCGCUGAUAACGUGAGGACGCGCUUCCAUUGAGCUGGGAGAGUUCACAGUGUGGAACACAAUCAACGCCGCAUUACGUGAUUAACACCCACGUACUAGUCGGCUUCAUAAAUGAGUUUAUAGAGUUUUCCUCGCUGUAGCCAGCAAAGAACUUUCUGGGAUGAGGCUUCAUGUUUGAAGCCCAUCUAUCGAUCGCAAUGGACGAUUAUAUUGGCGGUCGCGACAGUUUUCAAUCUGCUUUUUCCUCAAUAAGCAGUAGAAAAUUUCCAAUUUGGAAGGCAUUGUGCUGACAUCUACAAAAGUUAUGAGUUGGCGUGAAGUUGUGACUGGCGAUCUAACGGAAAACCCACAGACAGGCGGCGCUGCAGUGAAAGUGAUGAUGGUUUACGUUUUGUAGUGUCAAACCGGUAGUAAGUUUGUGAAGUUGUGUAACUUGUGUCAGUAUUGAGAAUGACUGAUCUAAAGAAGCAAGUUCGGAACCAUACUCAAGAGCAAGCUAGAAAGUGCAUAGUUCCCGCAUGCAAAAACUUCACUGGAUUGCCCGAAAGUAAGAUUUUCUUCCGUGUUCCACCGACUGAUUGCAAGGUGUAUCAAAAAUGGACCCGUUUUGUACACCUUUCGGGAAAUCGAACAGAAAGGAUUUGCAUCGAUCAUUUCUGCGAAGCGGAUUUCAUUAAAUAUAGCCGCCUGAAACUGAAGAAUCGUGUAGUUCCUUCUGUGAAGCUUACGUAUUGUAACCACGAUAUUAAACUUGGGAGAGUAUGCUGUGUAGCCGGUUGCCGUACUAAAAGACGAAGUUGUUUGGAAAAAUUUCCAGUUGAGAAGUCAGUGUUAAGACGUUGGAAACUCGUACUUGGGAUAGCAGACUCUUUAAGUACGGCGGGCUGGAUGAUUUGCCACCAUCACUUCAUGAAAACUGACUUUCAAGAAACAAUUUCAACGUAUCUCAAACCAAAUAUAGUUCCAUCUAAGAAGAUUAAACCAUUGAUACAGAUCCAAAAAAGAUGUUUCCUCGUAGAAGAGAGACCCGAACACUUACAAGACCACAAUUACAACAAAUAUGUACAACAUUCACUAAGUAAUAGAAUAUGCUACGUGGCAGGUUGCCGGUCAAGGGUAACGGCAAGCAUUACUUUACAUAAGUUUCCUCCGUGGUUUGAUAGUCGCUUCACGGUUUGGAUAAAUUCUUUGCGAUGUAAGAUGAUGCCGACUAAAAAUUCGAAAGUUUGCAGCUUGCAUUUUGCCAAAACAUGCUACGUACCGGGAGGUAAACAUCUUAAGAAAGACGCUGUGCCUACUUUAAGAUUGCCCUACAUAUUCGAUCAUGGAAGCACAUGCUAUUUUUCGUCUCCGAAGGAAUCAAUUGAUGAUGCAGAACCCACUUUACUAGAAGCACCGGUUGAAAGGAAGAUUGAAGAUGAAUCGUCAAUAAUUACAUGUUCAACUUCUCUCGCCAAUAUUAACAAAACACUAGAUGAAUCGAAGCCUAUUAAUGUGGAUAAUAAAAGUGCUACCAUGAGCAAUAGGGAAUCUAAAAUUUCGCUUGAUAUUGGUGAUGUUUCCUGUAUAAAUCAAACCAACGAAGAUCUACAAACAUCGAGUAUUGUGCCUGAUAUUGAGAUAAACGCAGAUGUAUGUUACAACGAUUCUUUCGUUCACCAUUUGAAUAGUACUAAGUACUCAACUUUGAAUGGCACUCGUGGUUCAGCUAAUGUUCCGAAACAAAGGAUAAAAGUGCAAUCAUAACCUGUUCUGUACUGAUAGAUUAUAAAUUUUAAAAUAAAUGUUUCGAGCUUCGAUAUUUCA